UGUGCCGGGAAGGAGCCUGCUCCCUUUUCACGGGCGGGCGUUUCGCCUGCGGAGCAGUGGCCGCGUGAUGAAGAAGAGCGGAGCAGGCGAGAGAGAGAAGGAUGCCAAGAAACGGAAGCUCCUGGAUGAACUUGGAGAGAACUGGCUGCCAUAUUUGACACCCAAGGAUGAUGGUUUCUACCAACUGUGGAAGACAAAAUAUUCAAAACUCAUCCUCAGAAAUGCUGGGAAGAUUCCCAAAGAGAUCCACACAGCGGUUCAAGAGGCCUUUUUGACUUUGCAAAAGCACAGUUGUUUCUUCCAAGAUCUUGUAUGGAUCAAAGGGAAAGAUUUCGUUACCCCCGUAUCUCGGAUAUUAAUUGGAAACCCAGGAUGUACUUACAAAUAUUUGAGCACAAGGUUAUUUACGGUCCCCUGGCCUGUGGAAGGUUAUGAAAUAAAUUAUUCCCAUUCUGAAAUAUCCAUGGCGUGUAAGGCAUUAAUCAGACUUAAUGACUACCUGCACAGAGAAACCAUCCGGGCUUUGCAGGAGCAGAGUUUGGCCGAGAGAAACGAAACGGAAGAUUCUGCUGUCACCGUGAGACAUCAGGAUAAUGCUACUUCCAUUACCGAGUUGGGGUCCGCUUUGCAAGAUCAAAGCCCUUCUCACAUCCCAAAGAAUGACGGUACUGACCUGAAAGAGAGAACAUUGUACAACCUGACGUUAUUAAAUUAUAUGGAUCCGCAACAAAUGCCGUCCUUGAAACACGAGCCCUAUUUUGGAAUGGGGAAAAUGGCUGUGAGCUGGCACCGUGAUGAAAACCUAGUGGAAAGGUCAACGGUCGCUGUCUACAGCUAUUGCUGUGAAGAACCUGGUGCUGAUGCCCUUGAGGGAGAGACGCCGCUCGGCAGAGACCCAGAUACGUGGCAUGUUGCUUUGAAAGUAGCUUGGGAUAUUGAGACCCCAGGGUUGGCUGUACCCCUUUACCAGGGAGACUGCUACUUUAUGCUAGAUGACCUGAACAUGACCCACCAGCAUUGUGUCCUGGCUGGCCAGACAGCGAGAUUCAGCUCAACCCACAGGGUGGCCGAGUGCUCAUGCGGUACCUUGGCCUACAUUCUGGACCAGUGCAAUACAGCGGUGGGGAAUCUACUCAUUGACCCUGUCUCAAGAGUCCCCUCAUUGAAGUCGCUGGAUGUCGAAGCUAUAAAAGGAGUGGAAGAAACCCAUAACGAGGUUGAGUUUGAGUGGCUACGGCAGUUUUGGUUCCAGGGUAAACGCUACAGAAAGUGCACUGAUUGGUGGGACAAGCCCAUGGCAACCCUGGAAGAACUUUGGAGAAAAAUGGAGCUCAUGACCAGUCUCCUACUUGGUGAUCUCAGAAAGGAAGAACAGAUGGGCAAACAAAGGAAGGAAAGAAUUGUCCGCUUCUUGCCUCUUCUCACAGAACGUCAGGAGCUCCGGCAGGAAUGGCUCGCAAGAAAGGAAGACUGGAGGCGAUUGGAGAAGGAAGAAGGUUCCCUUGACCCCACAUGUGGUUCAAAAUUGAUUAAGAGAAGCUGCAUUAGAAGAAGGAGAAAGGAAGAGAAGAAGAAGAAAAAGAUAGAGGGUGAAGGAGGGAUAAAAACUUAAGGUCACGGAAAGUUUAAUGAAGUAUAUAUAGGUAGACUCAUGACUGCAUUUGUAUUCGGGCUGGUUUUUUGGUUUUGAUUUUUUUCUAAUAGAACACACUGUUGUCUGCUUAAUAAAUGCCUUCUCAUUACCGUCUUGAGGAAUGUGAAUCCCCUACAAUGAAGGGUUAUUUCGGAUGCAAUAUUCUGUGCCCAUGUUUCCGGGGUAUGAGUUCAUGAGCAUUACCUGGAGGUCCAUGAUAUUGUGCCAUCCAGAUCUAUGGGUACUUCCAAGCAGGAAGCUCUCAGCAUUAACAUUUAGGGUUCCACCACAAAGCCCCCAGUUUGGAUGGCUUUCACAGGGGAUUGGACAAAUUAAUGGAGGAGGAGGAAGCCAUCUCUUUAGCAAGUCCUGAUGGCUCUGUUUCCUUCCAUAUCGGGGCAGUGUGUCUACAAUUUGCUGAAGAAGAUGCCCAUAGGUCCAUAGGUUGCCUUCAGGAAGCUGCUUGACCAUUGUGAACAGAAUGCUAGACUAGAUGGCUCCUUGGUCCAAUCCUGCAUGGACCUCCUCACAUUCUCAGAAUGGUGCUGAACAGUAAUCUCUGCCUUUUUUUCCUUAAUGGGUUUUCUAUGGUAAAGAAAAUGAUGGAAGAGGAAGCGGAAGAACAUGGGAGAGCUGUGAGUGGGAGAUGACAACACCUGGGUACUCUGUAAAAUUCCACGGAUGAUGCAAGGCUAGAGUGUCAUAAACCUUGUCUAGAAGCAACCUAACUAAUCCUUUCCAUGCUUUGAAUUGACACAACUCUAUCCUCCUCCUCCUCCUCCUCCUCCAUCAAUCAUCAUCAAACUAGAUGUUUAAGCAUAUCUGUAAGUGGUUUAGCAAGAGAUCCAAAUGCAUUCUAAAACACAUUGGAAUGCAUUAUAGCAACUACAGAUCAUUAAAACCAAAUACAAGGGCACUGUGAACCAACUAAUAUAGGGCACUGAUCCCAUCUUCAAACAUGUCCUUCAACAAGAAUACUGAACUCAGUGCUGGACCAGCCAUAUCUUUGGACUGGAUGGGCCUUGGAUCUGAUGUGCAUGGCUUUUUCAUAGCCCUUCCUGUAAGAGGGCACUCGGAAGAUAGGGUAGCCAUCAUGGGGAAUCAGUAUCCUGACUACCUACCUACCAUGCAUCCAUGUUAUGACUUCAAAGGAGGAAUCACCAAGAUUCUGGUCCCCAGGGAUAAUUCCUGGAAAGGAUCCAUGGGCUUCAAGCUGUGAAGCAGGGCAUUCCAUCCCUCUGUUUAUGGGGCCUCUGAAGGAAUGGGCUUUGCACUCAUUGCCCAGGGCACUAAUUGAUCUGCUGGAUAAGGAUUGGAAAGGUUGCCUUAGGCUACUGGCCCAUUUUGCUUAGGACCAUUAACAGUGAAUGGGAAUAGCUCUUUAGGGUUCCAGGUACCAGCCCCUUCUUGGAAAUUCCAGGGACUGAAACUUGGAUCUUCAGCAUCCAAUGUAUCGGCAUCACCAAUGCACUGCAGUUCAUCCAUUAUAUGCCGCUGUUUCUUUUUUCCCUCUUUCUAUGGCAGUCUGCUCUUCUCCCACACAAAG